AUGUAUUCAAUUAAAGAAGAAAACGUAGACUCAGUAAAAGUCGAAAAUGACAUUACCGUUAAACUUGUCGCUGCAGAACAGUACAUCAAUAAAUUGUUGGAGGAUGUUAAAAGACUUACCAUUGAAAAUAAGGACAUAUCAAACAAACUCAAUUCACAAACUCAUCAAAAUUCAGUUUGUUUGAUAUGUCCUUAUUUUCAAUGUUCAGAGCAAUUAAAGAUUAAUGUAUUCUCUGGUAAUGCUGUUUUAAAGAAUUUAGAAAUUAAAGGUGAAGCAUUACAAUCAUUCAAAUUACCAUUACACGUUCAAAAAGGUAUAAUUGGUACAUUAACUUUAAAAAUCCCAUGGACUAAUAUUAAAUCAAGUCCAGUUAUUUUAGAAAUUGAUUCUAUUUCAUUAUAUGCAAUCCCUCAGACAGGUUUUGACUACAAUGAAGAAGAGGAAAAAAGAAAACAAAUUGAAUAUAAAAAAAAGAAAUUAGAAAAAUUCGAAUUGAUUAGAUCAUUUAAGGAGGGUAGUGGCAAUGAACAGAAAUCAACAAAACAGGAUACAUUUAUGGCAAGUGUAAUGUCAAAAAUUUUAAAUAAUAUACAGGUUAAAAUUCAAAAUUUUCAUUUAAGAUAUGAGGAAAUUAGAGGGGGUAAAGUUUAUUCAUUGGGUAUUUCGUUUGGGUCAUUAACAGCACAUCCAACUGAUAAUAAUUGGCAAACUAUGAAUGCAUCAGAUACAAAUGCAAAUCCAAAUAGCAACAGCUCACUUUUCAACGAAAACAAAGAGGAGGCAUCCAUCCAAUCUAUAGUGGCAAAGAAUGAUAAUCAAUUGUUUAUAAACAAGUUGAAUAGUAUGAUUGGUUUACAUAGCAACUUGGGUCAUCAUCAAUAUAUAUUGAAACCAAUCACUGUCAGGUUAAAGAUCGAAUUGAAUCGUAAUCUAGACAUGAAUCUCGAUGUGCCACGUAUGAGAGUCUAUUGUAAAUUUGAUCAGAUUUCAUUUGUAAUAGAAGAGAACCAAUAUCAAACCAUCCUCAAACUACUCACCACAAUUGGUAACUAUGCGCAAGAAAUAAAGUAUCUAAAGUAUCGUCCCAAACAAAGACCAAAGCAAGAUCCACGUGGAUGGUGGCGUUAUGUUGGCGAGGUAAUAAGAGAGUCAAUUCGUGAAAAGAUACAGAAACGUUCAUGGACAUUCAUUCAAAAGCGUCGUCAACAUCGUAAAGAAUAUGUAUUAUUAUUUAAAAAGCUACAGAAUGUAGAUUGGUUAGAGCCACUCAACGAAAAGGAGAUAAAGCAACUAUCAGAAAUGGAGGAGCAAUUAAGUUUCGAAGAUAUCAUUUAUUUUAGAUCAUUGGCACGUAGAGAAUUGGCCAUGGAAACCGAGAUUGCAGAUCAAAAGAAAGGUGAAUUUUAUGCAAGCGUCAAAAGAAAUGCAUCGAAAAGUUGGUUUAGUUGGGGUUCAGCCUCUGCAGCAACCACCGAGGCACCACGUCUUUCGAUUCAAUUGACCAAAGAACAACAAAAUGAAAUUUUAAAAUCGAUGGAAUACGACGAAAUCGCACUUAGCGCAACCAUUGAAAUGCCACCACACUAUGUUUCCAAUAUUAUUGAGGUUCAAAUUGAUGCCGUAAUCUUCACUGUUAUUGGUAGUCGUGUUGGAGAGGAUCCACUAAUUAAAUCCUAUUUAAAUAAUAUCAAUUUUAAAUUAUCACAAAGAGCCCAAGGUUUUAAAUUAGAAUUAGAUUUAGAAUCAUUCAAUGUAUUAGAUAACAAUAAAAAUAAUUCUUUAUUCUCUUAUGUAGUAACAUCAAAACCAAAAUAUAAAAGAUCAAAAGAUAAUAAAAUUAAAGAAAUAAAUGAUAAUAAUAAUGAUAAUAAUAAUGAUAAUAAUAAUAAUAGUGAUAAUAACAGUGAUAGUCAAGAUAUAAUUGAAAAUAAUAAUAAUAAUUUAAAUAAUAAUUUAUUUCAUAUUAUAUUCGAAUCAAAACCAAUUAAUUCAAGUUAUGAUUAUGCAUUAUCAUUAGUAUUAAAAUCAUUAGAAAUUAUUAUCAACAAACAACAAAUUGAAAGAUUGGUAGAGUUUGCAACACCAAAAGAAACAGUAAAUUUAUUUAGUUUAUCAUCUGCCGCUUUAGAAGAAUUUAUAUUAUUAAAAGAAAUGACUAUUUUUCAAUUACGUGAAGUUGUAAAUCAUCACAAAACCAUUGAUUUGUUUAUCGACGCUAAAGCUCCAAUUUUAAUUAUUCCAGAGCAUUACUCAACCAAAGAUAUUACAGAUGAUACAAAUUUAAUAAUUUUAGAUUUGGGUAACUUUUUAAUGCAAUCAGAUAUAUCAAAGAAACCAAGAAAAACAAUUUCAAUUGAAACUCCCUUUAUAAUAAAUGAACAAAUUACAAAAUUGGUUGACCAAGAAGAACAGGAAUAUAGUGAUGAUAAUAAUAAUAGUGAUAAUAAUAGUAAUAAUCAAUUAAUAGCGCCAGAAAUAACAAAUACAAUAACUACAGAAGCAACAGCGACAAAUGAUGAAGAGGAUGAGAACUUAAAAGUUUCCGAUUUAUAUGACCAUUAUAGAGCAACGUUAUCAUCAAUUAAAGUAUUAUUAGCAACUCAUAAACAGGAUUGGUACUCGCCCGAUGAAAAUAAUUCAAAAGGUUAUCAGAUAGUUGAAGAAAUGUCCAUUAAUUUACAUAUUCAAUCAUGUAUAGAGCCAAAUGAACUUUCAUUAACAAUGUUUAAAGUUAGUGGUGUUUUACCUCAGGUCAAAAUGAAUAUUUCCGAUAAUAGUUACUUGCGUUUAUAUAGGAUGGCAAAUACCCUUAGUAGAAUUCAUUCCAAAACAACAACCACUACCAUCACCGCAUUCAAUCAUUUCAAGGAUAUCUACUCUAAUACUCAAGAUACAUUUGUGCAACAAGUUGAUGCCACCACAACUGAGAUCAAACUAUCUGAUGCAUACAAACAGGUUUUAUCAAAAAGAAAAAUAUUUGAUGCUUCUUUCAAAUUAGAAAAAGUAUUAAUCAAUAUUCUGUCAUUGAAAAGCGGUAGUUCCAUCGUAACAACAUCGAACACAAGCAAUAGUUUAUUACAAUUACGUAUUUCAAAUUUACAGGUAUCAUUAAAGAAACGUACAUACGAUUAUAAAGGUCACCUCUUAUUAGGUUCAUUCGAGGUUGAAGAUUGCCAAGAAACCUCAGAGAGAUUCAAUUGCCUAAUUACUAGUCAAUCAAGAUAUUUAACUUCUAGCGGUCAACCAGCAACAGCAUCAUCAUCAACUUCGUCAUUACCACCAAUUACAAAUAGAUUAAUUUCAAUCGAUACAGAUCUUAUUGAUAAAGAGUCACCAAAUUAUCAAAAUAUAGAUACAAAUAUAAACUUUUCUUUUGGCGAAUUAAAUUUUAAUUAUAAUCCAAAGUCAAUAGGUAAAAUUCUUUGUUUCUUAGAUUAUUGUUUUGAAGAAACUUUUACUUUAAAAGAACAGUUUUCAAAUAUUACAAUAAAUAGUAACUCAAUUUCAUUAAAUACAAGUCUUUCAUCAACACCAUUACCAAACUCUUCACCCUUAUUAUUAUCAAAUAAUAAUAAUCAAAAUGAAUUAGAACAACAGAUUUUAAAUUCAAAAUUAUUGCAGCAACCACAGCAACAGCCACAGCAAUUACCAGCAGCAACUAAUUUUAAUAUUAAAGCUAAAGCCAGUAUUUAUUCUUUAUCAAUAUCUUUAAAUGAGUCUGGCAGAGAGCUAGGUAGAUUUUCAAUUAAUGAAUUUGCAAUUGAUGAAUGUAUAAUAUCAGGUCGUUCAUUAGAAAUUUCAGGUCGUUUAGAAAGUAUUACAAUUGAUAGUUUUCUCGAUAAUCCAAAUGAAGGUUUUAAGAUUUUAACACCAAAAGAUUCGGGCGUUUCAAUGGCAAAAUUCAAAUACUGUACUUUUAAUAAUAAUCACCAUAUAAAUAAUAAAUUAUCACAACAAAACUCACAACCAAUCAACCAAUUUGAUAAAGAAAUCGAAUUGUACCUUAAGAGUAUAAGAUUAACUGUUUUGGUUGACUUUAUAUUAAAAGCCAAGCAUUUAGUUGAAUUGCCCUUUAAAACUGUAAAAUAUGACUCAUUGUAUAGAUAUCAACAACAACAAGAAGAAUUAAAUAAACAAGAACAAAAUUCUCCAGAUGAAACUAUCAAUACAUUAUCGAAUUCUACGGAUAUAAUAAAUAACUCAAGUUUAUCAUCGUUCCAACCAAUUGGAUAUAAACCCCAAAAAAUUAAUUACAAAGUAUUUUUAGAAAGUCCGCAGGUUAUUCUAUCCAGCAGUGAUGAUAUUCAUAGUGACCAUGAUAGAAUUAUAGCUGAAUUGGGUUCAAUUGAUGUUAAAACUACAAUUAUUAGAAAUAAAGAAAAACUAUUAUCAAUUAAUGAGGAUGAUGGUGAUCAAGAGGUUAAUGUUGAUUGGGAAUCAAUUGAAGCCAAUCUAUGUGAUAUGAACAUCAAAACUUUCAAAAAUGGUGUUUAUCAUCAAGUUUUACACAAUUUAUCGAUUUAUAACAAGAUUGAAACCAUUCUAUGCGACGAAUUUGGUAGAUAUGUUCCAUUCCAGAGAUUACCACAACAAAAGAAAGUCGAUGUUAAUAUUAAAGAAAUCAAGGUUGAAUUUUUAGAUUUAGAGCAUUCAUUAAUUUUUUCACUAACUAAAGACGUUAUAAAUAGAAUUACUUCAAAAUCUCCCAAAGAUUUACUGUCUUCAAAAUCUUCAAAAAAUCAAUCAAAAUCAAAUUCUUUAUCAAAUUCAAAUAAAUUAUUACCUCAAUUACCAUCAUCAGUUCUUUCACCUACUAAAUCAAAUAACUCGGAUGAGCUAUCUUUGUCAUCAAAUAAUAUUUUAGCAUCAUCAUCAAAUUUAUUUGUAAACAACGAUAAAAAAUAUUUAGUAAAUUUAAUAAAUUUAAAUAUUUCAAGUUUCCAAUUAAUUAUGAAGCUAGAUCCAUCGACAGCCGACAGUAAUGAUUUUAGUACUAUACAGGUAACCAAUAUUUCGUUAUCAUCAGAAUCUUGCGAUAGAAACACAGUAUCCUCAAUGAUUGUAACAAUCGAUGAUAUGAUAUUAUAUGAUGAUAGGGUUAAUAAUAAAGGCUAUAAUAAAUUAUUAGAAAAGCAAGAUACCAGCUCAAAAUUACCAUUGGUCAAGAUAGAGAUAUUAAGUUUUAAAGAGAAGAGUAUCGAAGAUAAUUCAAUGUGGGAUAACAGUAUUUCAGUAGAGGUCCAACCAAUCAAAUUUGUAUUGUCCCUUGGUUUAAUUUUAGGCAUUAAAGAUUUCUUUUUAUUACCAUUUGUUACAACAUUAAAUAGUGAUCAAUUAAAAAAUUAUAAUGCAGAUUCUAUUGAAGUACCAACAUUAUCUGGCGUAGUCGAGUCAUUAGAAUCUAAUCCACCCUCAAAACUUAAAUUAUCAGUAGUUGCUCAUUCACCACAAGUCAUAUUACCAAUUUCUAAUCACUCAUCAAAGGUACUGGCUAUGGAUAUUAAGGGUGGUGUCACAUUAACCAAUACUUUUACCCCAUUGUUUGUGGAAUCAGCCUCAACUGCUUUUGAUUACGAGCAAAUGUUUAUUUUAUUAUCAAAUGCAGAUUUCACAAUUUAUGAAAUCUCCAAAGAAACUAUCUCAAGCAAUGAAAACAAUGAAAAUGAUUGUUACAACUAUCAACUACAAUAUUUAGAAAAAAUCACAAAAGAGUCUUUUAAUGUUCAAGUAAAUUAUUCUAGCUGGGAUUCUAUCUAUACAAACACCAUUGAAUUGUUAACCUUAGGUAAGCAGCCAACAGAGGUUACAGUAUCAAUCGAGAAAUUAUCUUUACUAGUUAAUGAACUCCAAUAUCAAGCAUUUUGUGAUAUGUUAGCUCAUUUACUUCGUAAUAUGGAUGACACUCCAAAAUUAAAACUUAAGAAACGUAACCCAUACAUGUUGAAUGUUCUCUUGGAUAAAUCAAGCCCACCAGAAUCACUCCUCGAUAUUUUUGGUAUGAAGGUUUUCUGUAAAUUCAAUAUGGUGUUUAUCGACCUCUUGUCAAACGAUGGUCAAUCAAUCGAUUUCGCUAAAUUGGUACUUGACAAUGUUGAUUUAUCAAUAGAUAUGGCAACCGAAAAUAGACCAAAGAAAAUGCUAAUCAAAGGUACUGUUGAUGAAUUAAAUGUUUUCGAUUGUAGAGGCAAUCUCAAAUCAAAACCAUUUAAUAUUUUAGAAAGAUACUCCAAAUCUUUACCAAUGAUGGAGUUUACCCAAUUAAUGUAUCAAUCAAAUUCGCCAUUCUUCCAAAAAGAUCAAUUACAUUCAAGUUCAUUAGAUUUCAAUUUAAAUAAUAUCAAAGCAUUUGCAUAUCCAUCUUUUGCAUUGCGUGUUUGGGAUUGGGUGGUUUUGUCUAUCACUUCAGUAUUUGGUAGUUACCAACACGAUAAGUUUGAUGGCAGUUGUGACACUAAUGAAGAAAGAGAACAAAUGUUAAUUUUAGAAAAAUUGAAACAUUCUUCAAAUGGUCAAAAUAAUAGAAUGAAAAUGAACGUCGUUUUACCAAAUCCUAUUAUCAUAUUACCAUCAGAUCAAGAUAAGAAAGUUCACAUAGAAAUCAAACCUAAAGAGCUCUGCAUCUAUAAUGAGUUCUUUUUAAGAACCAAUUGUUUGGGUAUUCCAGAUUAUCAAGAUGCCAUCAACAUUUCAUUAAAUGCUAUUGAUAUUAAUUUAUUAACCCAUAAUGGUAUUACCGAGUCUAGUAUUGUUAGAAACUCAAAUUUAUUAGUAACAAUGGAAACUAUUUAUAGCAUCUAUCAAGAAGAUUUUCACAGUUCCAGUGGCUCAUUAUUGUCAACCAAUAAAUUCACAAUAAAAUCACCUUCUUUGGAGUUUAAAUUUGACCAGGUCCAAUACCACCAUUUCUAUCAUUGUGUAAACAAUGCAUUAAAGCAUCAGUACGAAAUGGAUUCUUUAGAGAAUGAAAUCUUUUUAAAACCAAAUUUCAAUCCAAAACCAAAUGAUAUGGUCACAUCUAUUUUACUAGAUUCAAUCAAGCUAAAAAUGUUGGAUCAAGAUCAAGACGAAGAGGAUCAAGAUGAAAUUCAUUCAGAAAUUAUAAUUUCAGAUCUUAGUUUAGAGAAUAUUAUUAACUCAAAGGAUGGUUCAAUGCAAGUUGUAGGUUUGUUGGGUAACCUAAAAAUAGAGGAUUCUAUUAACCAAAUUGUUAUUCUCGAGCCAAUUGCUUCAAAUUCUGAUAGAUUCUUUACAAUGUUCAAAUAUAAAACUAUUGGUAAUGGGUUAUCCACUAUAAAAGAUCCGUUACAAUGGGACACCGAGUUUGAAUUUAGCAUGAAAUCAGUACAAUGUAAUCUAUCACUACCAAAUAUCAAUGUUCCUCUUGCCAUUCAAUCAUUUUUAUUAUCAGUUUUAGAAAAAUACCCAAUUGCCACUAGACCAUCAAAGAGUAAAUCUGAAGACCAAAGUGGUAUCAGUAAAACUAAACCAAAAAUGAAAAUUGAUAUCAAUUUAUUAUAUUCAAAAAUUAUAGUAUCACCAUACUCAAACUCAUUAUCAAUUGGUGGUAUUGGUAGUAGCAAUAUUAGUUCAUUUAAGCCAACUGGUUUUUCAAAUUCCACAGUAUCAUUAUUGUCAUUGUCUUCAACUAAUUUAUCACCCUACGAAUAUAUGGUAAUUUCAUUCAAUAAUGUAUCAAUGAAGCAUCAAGCAAACCAAUUAGACAAGUUGGACGAUAGCGAUCUAUUGUUACUAGAUAUCGAAAAUAUUAAAUACAAAGUAUCACAGCUUCAAGUCGAAAUUAUAUUGGCUCAACAAAAACCAUAUUACCUUUUUACCGAUAUAGAUGUUGAUGUUAAGCAAAAAACAAUUAGAAAUUACGAUCAAAUUAUAAACAAAAUUCAAUGGGAAGAUAAUCCAUUAGAUAAAUUAAAUAAAAUUGAUGGUGGUGAAGAAGAAAACGAAAAAGGAGAUGCUACUUUGAAAAAAGAAAAAGAAGAUGAAGAUGAAGAUGAGGAUGAUACAGAAAACUAUUCAAAAUUGUUUAAUGAUGAUAUUUUAUUAUUAUCAAAAUCAAAAACUUCAAUUCAUUCAAAUGCUUCACAAAUUGAUUUAAAUUCAAAUCAUUUUCAAUUUUUAUGGAGUUUAUAUCAAUCGAUUGGAAAAAUCAAUGGUAAUAACGAUGAUAGCAACGAAAGUGAAUCCACAUCAACAACAGACACACCAUCAAAUAAAAAGAACCAAAAAGAUCAAUUAUUAAAUAUGAUUGAACUCCAAUUAAAAGAUAUUAGAAUCAAUUUAAUUAAUGAAUUUCAUAAACCAAUUUUAAAUAUUUCAUUAAAACAACUAGAGACCUAUCUUUGCCAAUAUGAAUCGACCAAUAAACAAAGCAUUUUCAAAAUUAUCGGUUCAAUUAAAUCAUUAGAAGCAAAGGAUAUCAGAAGAGAAAGUAUUUUAAAUUCCAAAUAUCAAUGCCUUUUCACUGACAACCCAUUAUCCCAAACACCAAAUCUUAUUCAGUUUACAUAUAAACCAUGGAGAUUAAAAUCAAAAGAAGAGUUGUUCAAUGAUUCUAAUUCAAGAAAUAAUUCAAAUCCGGAUGCACCAGGCAAAUGGGAUCAGCAUUUAUCACUUACAAUUAAAAAUGCUCAAAUUACACCCAUUUUCGAUUUGUUUUCAGAUAUCCAGAACCACUUCUUACCAUCUUCAUUAAUUCAAGAACAACAAGAGAAAGAUAAAGAUCAAUUAAAAUCUCGACUUAAAUUAGAUUUAUCACUAGAUUCAAAUAGUUUUAUUCUACCAAUGAAUUUUGAAAUUAAAAACUAUUACAUUAGAAAUGACAUAAAGAAGUUAAUGAUUUCAAAUGACUAUGAGAUCCAAAAUAUCAAAGAUUCAGUAACGUCAACAAAACAUUCAAUUGAAACUACAAUUUACUUGGUUGAUAUUAAUGGUUUUACAAUGGAGUCAACUAUGGAUGUUAUAUUAGAAUCAAACGAACCAAGACAAUCACGUAUUAUUCGUGAUUCUAAUAUUUUCAUAAUUACUAAAAUGUUAAACACUCCAGAAAAUUUCAAGAAACCAAUUUCUACACCAAACAUGCAAACUUCGAUCAAUGUCGAGUCGUUAGACUUCCUCUUUUGUUUAGACGAAUAUAAAUUCAUGUAUGAUACUUUAAAUACCACAUUAAAGAGAUACUAUGACUUUAAAUUUUUACCAUUGUUGCCCAAGCAACCGCCAUAUCAACCAAACGAAGAGUUAAGCAGCUAUGAAUUAAAUUCAAUAGAUAACAAAACCAUAUUAACAAUCAACUCUUUAGUUAUGAAUAUGUUUAAACGUCAAAAGCCAUUAACCAAAGAGAGCUUAACCCAUAUCAAACCCCUAGGUCAAGUAAUAUUAAAGAAAUUGUUAAUGGACGUUGACAUGUGCAAAUUAAAUCUUAAAAUGGUUGGCUCUGUAUUAUCAUGUUUUGUUCGUUCCAUUAAAACAAAAGAAAAUAGCAAAUCAUUGUAUUUGGAUAUAUUGAAACCCAAAUAUAAUUUCGAUUCAAGUGACCAAGAUGACUCAAUGAUUAAAUUUGAAUUCAUUUCUCAUUCAGAACCUGUUUCUAUUGAUGGUGAUAAAUCUCCACUCAAGAUUAAAUGGGACACCCAAUACAGCGUAGAUAUUUCAAAUAUUAUAUUGGUUAGUAAAAUUGCAACAUUGUUAAAGAUCAAAGAUUUUAUUUUAGAACCAUUACAAACACCGUUCGUCCAAGCUCCAUCCAACAAGCCUGCAAAGGAUCCAAAUUACAAACCAAAAAUGUAUCAAGUGCUUAAAAUGAAACCAUGGACUUUGGAAAUUCCCGCAUCAGAUACAUCUCAAGAUAUGAUUUCAAUUGAAUUUGGACAAAUCGACAUGAUCAAUUAUUAUAAGCUAUUUGUUGAUAAUAAUGGUUUUACAGUUAAUCAACAAGUCGAAGUUUUAUUACUCGAUAUUAGCCAAUUUACGCUCUACACCCAAACAGAGAAUGGUAUAAUGUUGAAUACAGUCUCAAAUUCACCCUCUUUACAAUUACAGGUUGAAAGACUAUUUACAAUUAAUAAUCGAUCCCUAGAGGACAUCAGAACACUUGCAUUCAUAAAGAACCUAGACUUAUAUUUCUCUGCCAAUGACUAUCUAUUCAUCUACACAAUUUUCACUGGUAAUUGGAUGUUUAACGAUUUAGAAGAGACCUCUAUCCGUCCACCAGACCCACCCGCCACACCAAUCUGGAAUGGUUGCAGCAAGUUUGUAUACAUGCCAUUAGAUCACUGUGACCAAAUGAAAGUCUCUGAAAAUCAAUUUUCAUCUCAUCUAGGCUUUAUUAAUGUAUCAGAGAAUCAAGUUUUACAAACAUUCAAAUUGGAUAUUGAAACAUUUAAUUUCCAUAUGAACCCGGUAUAUGAUCCUUUGGCAAUCUUAAUAAUGGAGAAUCUUACAUUAAAUUACACAAUGUAUCGUGAUGGUAUUCAAAAAACAUCGAUGGAGCUUUUGAAUGUAUUACUUUUAGAUGAAAGAAACAACUCAUCGUGUGUAUUUAAAGAGAUUUUAACCCGUAAACAAUUCGACUCUUCUACCACAACUCCAAAAAAAUCUUCAUCUGUUAAUUCACCAUUCUCUCCAUUAUCACCACAAUUCAGUAGCAGUAACAAAGUAAAUGAUGAUAAUACAAUUCCUCCACAUAUUGUCAUUGACUUCUUAAUGGAUCCAAAUCAUAAUAGACAAUUUACUUCAAUUAAAAUCGAUCAUCCAAAAUUAUUCGUUUCACCCAAUUCAAUUUUACCAUUAUUAGAUUUCUUCACUACAAUCCAACCUCAAGUUGAAAAUGAAAAGAAUAAUACCAAACCAAUAUUAUUAGAGGAUGAGUUUUUUGAUCAGCUCUAUGAAAACCAAUUAAAAUCAUCAGAUUCACAAUUCCAACAAAAAAAAGCAGCCCAACCAAAAUCACCACCACACACUAGAUUCUACCUUCAAGUUACCAAGCCAAAACUAUUACUUGUAGAAGAUGAAACUCAACAAAAUACAAAUGCUCUUGUCAUGAAAAUGCCAGUUGAAUUCCACUACUCUAGAACAUCAGAUUUAAAUCAAACUAUGGAAUUACACGCAUCAAAAUGCCAAGUUUUUAAAACCACACCUUUCUCUGAUACUAAUAAUUUCAUUUCGACACCAAUUACCAAUUCAUUUGCUUUCAACUGUAUUUUCAUUCAAUUCAAUGCUAAUGAUCAACAAACCAUUGAAAUGCGUUUCCAACCUUUAAACAUUGGUUUAUCUUACAAAGAGUUUUUAAUGAUUCAAAGAUUAAUAAAUAACUUAUCAUUUGGUAACUAUAAAAAACAAUUACAACAACAAAAAGAGCAACAAGAGCAAAAAGAUAAGCAAGAAAAUGAAAACGAUGAAAAUGGUUCCUCCUCAAACAAAGAAGAAGAAGAGAUAAAAUUACGAUAUAGAGAGUUGGAGAAAAAGAAAAAAGAACAAAGAGAAAAUUCAAAAUCAAAAUCAUUAAUUGCUCCAGGCAGACCAGAUGAAAGUAGUAGCUUUAUGCACAAAACAAGAAUUCAUGUAGAGUUUUUAGGUAGAAUUAGUUUAACAUUAAUUGAUGAAGCUGUAACAAUGAAGGAUAUUCCAUUCAUCCAAAUGAAUAUUGGUGAAUUCAGAUCAGAUUUCUGGGGAUGGGAAGAAUACUCUUUCUUGACAUGUGAUAUGUACCUAAAAGUUGAAGUAUUCAAUCAAAAACAUAUGGCUUUUGAUUCGUUGGUUGAACAAUUCCAAUUAAAUGUUCAAGUUCUUCAAUCUGACGAUCCAAAAUUAAAAGUUUCAUUAAAAUCACUUUCACCAGUUAACAUUAAUAUCUCACAACCAUUUAUUCAAGCUCUUGGAAAUUUCUAUCAAAAUAUUUUAAAGAUUGAUAAUGAAAAUAGUCUAAAUAUGAACAGUCCAAGUAAUAGUAAUAACUCAAGUUUAAAUAAUAGUUUAAAUAAUAGUGUCAAUGGUAUUUUAUCUGCAAAUAAUAACAAUAUGGCAAAUAGUUUUAGUUCACCAGAACUGGUUCUUUUUGAUGCUAAUGACGAAUUUGUCUUGCAAAAUGACAAUACAAGCCCUGUUAACACAAUAAAGAAAACAACCAUUGCAACUCCAAAAGGCACAGGUAAUCAAAACAAUAGUAACCAAAGUGCUUCCUCUUCAAGAGGUCACCAAAGAUCUUUUUCAAAUACCAUACAUGACCUAUCCAUCACAACAACACCAGGAUGGAGAAAACCAAUCAGCCAAGAUUAUUUAGAACUAAAUAGUGCAAAGAGUUCACUUAGUAAUAGUAUUAUCAAUAGUAAAGUUAGAGAUCUGAGAUCAACAGUCGAUCUAUCCUCCCUUAGUAGCGGUAUUGGUCAAGUUCGUCGUCAUAGUAGACAAGCCUCAGUUACUUCACCAUCUUUAAAUACUCAAUCACUUUAUACCACCGAAAGUAACAAUCAAUUUUGGGUUGUAAAUUUAACUGGUAAAGCAAUUGAAUAUUAUGUUGAAGAUUUAAAUUUCAUUCAAUCAUACAAUGUCAAUAGUGACCAAAAUACCAACACUGUUAUUAACUUGAACACAACAUCAAAUAGUAAUUUAAAUAGUUCAUUCAAUUUAUUUAAUAGUAAUAAUAGUAUUAAUAGCAAUAGUAGUAAUGGAAGCUCAUCAUAUUUACCAUCCUCUUCAAAUAUAAACAAUACAACUACUACCACAACCACAACCAAAACAUCAUCAAAUAAUAUUAAUAAUAACUACAAUGAUGAUGAUGAUAUAAAAAUUAAUAAGAAAUCACAUCCAAAUGAUCAAGUUAAAAAAGUUAUAAAGAAUCAAGAGAAACAAGGUGUUGAAUUAAAGAGUGCAUUAUUUAAAACUAGAGAUUUUAGAACACAUGGGUCAUUAAAUGCCAAUAUUGCUAUUAGAUUUAAAGAGUCUGAUGAAUAUCCUUGGAUUCAUAAUGUUUCAAUUAAUCAAAUUGGUGAUAAUUUUUAUUUCCCACCAUAUGGUAACAAAGCAAAUAUAGUUGUAUGCGAAGUAGGUUGGGAUGAAAAGAAUGAAACAAAAAUUGCCACCCUUCGUUCUCCAGUAAUGAUUAAAAACUCUUCAAAUAUUCCAAUUGAAAUUGUUUUAAAUAGUCAAAAGAGCGAACCACAAUUAUUUGGUCCAAUUAGAGUUGAGGAAAAGUAUUAUAUACCCGUAGAUUUUUGGAAUUCAAACAGCUCAAUUUCUAUUCGUCCACAUGGUAAAGAUUUUGAUUUUGACGAUAAAAGUUUAAAUCUUUACGAAUCCAGUAGUUGGCCAGAAGCAUUUAUUUUCGAUUGCACAAAGAAUAUCGUUGAAAUGGGAGGUAGCCAAGGUGAUAAUUCUUUCAAGAGUUUCAGUAUUAACGAAAACAAUAAUAAUGGUGGGUCUGCAAGCAACUCUUCAAAUUCAUUACCACAAUUAAAGAAAGAACAUUUGUAUCUAGGUGCAUUAACAAGAUCAGGUAUUAGAUGUGAUCGUACUGGUUUAAUAACUACAACUUUGGUUAUAACACCACCAUUAAUCUUUGAAAAUGUGUUAAUGUGUGAUAUUGAAAUUCGUUUCGAACAACAUUCAAAGAGAAAAUCUGCUGAUUUCUUAAGAAAUGCUCUUUCAAAACCCUCAACCGUUUUAAGUCCCGGUAAACAAACUGCAUGGUAUUAUAAUCAAAGUAAUGAUACUGGUAUUCUCUUAUCUCUCAAAGGUUUAGGUAAAAAUCAAUAUUUCCAUUUACAAAGCUCAAAUUUCAAUUCACCACUUUCACUUGCAAGCACUGAUGACUCGGACCCAAACAAAGUUCCAAUGAAUGCAUUUACUCAAGAAAUCGCUUUCCAAUGCACACCAGAAUAUUCAUCGACAUCCUAUACAUUAAAUCUCAAAAUCGAUCAUAGAUUCGAGGGUGGUUGCCACAUCGCAAGUAUUUAUUGUAUCAAUGCUAUUCAUAAUCACACAAUGAUUCCAUUUUUCCUUCGUCCUUCAAAUAUCAAAGAGAAACUUACCCUAGAAACCAAUGAAAGUCCACUACUUUUAUCGCACGACAAAUUCUAUAUUUACCACCCAUCCACACCAAAAGUUGCCUCAAAAGAGUUUGAUAUUAUUUUAGGUAAAGAAGAUAUCAUCGAAAUUUAUGACAAUAAAUCCGAUCAAAUGAGAUAUCAAUUUAAAGCAAUUGUAUCAACUGGUUACAAUAUAUUCUUUAGAACUCGUAUUGUCGAUAUUUAUCCACGUUAUAUUCUUAUUAAUAAAUUACCAAUUGCCUUAUCAUACACUCAAUUCAACAAAGAUGUACGUGUAAUGGCCCGUGAUGCUCAAAUAUUAGAACCAAAUACAUCCAUUCCAUUCCAUUGGUACAAUGGUAAAGAAGAACAACAACUUUCAGUAACCAUUAGUGGUAAUAUUGGCGAAUCCUAUCAAUAUUCAGGAGGAAUUCGUAUUGAUCAAGUUGGUGUUAAUUUCCUUAAACUUCGUCAUUACCAUGAUGAGUUAAUCGAACAAUCAGUUAAAGUUGAAGUUAGAGAUUCAUCCGAAUCUACGUUAGUAAUCUUUUAUAGUAACGACCCACAAAACUUGCCAUUCCACAUAAAGAACGAAAGUUUUUCCACUCUAGUAUUUUAUCAAAAAUGCCCAGGUUCAAAGAAAUAUUCACUAAAACCAAAUGAAAAAAUACACUAUACAUGGGAUUUCCCAAGUGCCGAAAGACAACUCACAGUUCAAAUAGAUUUCUUUGGAGAAACAGUUCAACAAGAUAUAAACUUAAACAAAAUCAAAGUAUUUAAACCAAUUAAAUUACCAAAUAAUCAAACUAUCUAUCCAAUCGUUAACUCAUCAAAUGGUACAACUAGAGAUCUUUUGUUCACCACCCAUUAUCAAGAAAAGAAAGAGUUGGAUUUAUUAGAGUUUGCUUUUGAAAUAUCUUUCCCAAAUUUAGGCUUCUCUUUAAUUGAUGAUAUUCCACAAGAAAUGAUUUAUAUUUCAUUCAAAGAUUUUAACUAUUGGAUUAGUUCUUCAAAUUUAACACACACCACUUGGUUAUUAAUCGAUGAUAUCCAGAUUGAUAAUCAACAACCAAAUACCGAAUUCCAAGUUUUGUUAUGGUGUGAUAAAAAGAAAGAUUCUGAAGCUUUACCAUUUUUAGAAUACUCUGCUGUAAAAUUGAAAAAUAAAAAUAUUGAAUAUUAUGAUUUAAUUGCAUUAUAUUUAAAUGAAAUGUAUUGUCAAAUAGAUGAUAGAACUCUAUUAGAUUUAAAUAACUUUUAUCAAAAAAUACCAAUGGAAAAAUUCCAAAACAAAUAUUCAGUAUCAAUCGAAGAUAUACCCGAAAACUUUUAUAUUAAAUGGUUAAUUUUUGCAGAAAUUAAAAUUUAUCUUACUUUUAGUAUUUCAAGAGAUGGUAUUUUAAGAAGUUACAAUAAAAUGCCAGCACUUAGAUUAGUGGUACCUUCAUUAGGCAAAUCAUUAGGUCAAUUAGAGAAUGCUCCUUUAAAUAUUAAUCAACUUGGUAUAAAGAAUAUUUUUACAACCAAAGCUAAUUUAUCACAAUUAUUAAUGUCACAUUAUACAAAACAAAUGAAAAGACAAAUUCAUGUCAUUCUUGGUUCAUCAAGUAUUUUCGGAAGUCCAUUGGUAUUCUUUAAUAACAUUAGUACAGGUAUGACUGAAGCAAUUGAAGAUCCAAUUAUAGGUUCGAUUCAGUUAAUGAAAAGAAUUUUAUAUGCUGCUGCAAAUAGUUCAUCAAAAUUAUUUGGUACCAUUUCAAAUGGUUUCGCUACAUGGUCUUUUGAUGAAACCUAUUUAAGAAAACGUGACGCAGAAGAAAAAGUUAAAGCAAAACAUAUCGCUCAUGGUCUCUAUUUAGGUUCAAAAGGUUUUGCAAUGGGUAUUGUUAAUGGUGUAUUUGGAAUUGUCGAACAUCCAGUUAGAGGCGCAAUGCAAGAGGGAGCUUUUGGUUUCCUCAAAGGUUGCGGUAAAGGUAUUUUAGGUAUUGCAGUUAAACCAGUUACAGGUGUAUUUGAUUUUGCCAGUAAAACAUCAGAAGGUAUUCGUAACAAUACAAAUAUUCAUCCAGAAAGAUUUAGAAUCAGAACUCCAAGAUAUAUCAACCCACGUGAACCAAUCAAAGAAUACUCUAUCGACGAAAGUGAAGGUAACUUUUUAUUAAAGAGAAACAGCGAAGAUAUUGUUAAAAAUGAAGGCACACUUAAAAUGGAAUAUAAAUUCCAUGUCAUUUUACCCGACUGCACCUUGUUACUCACCAAUCAUUCUUUAAUUUGUCUUUCAAAGAAAGGUAUUUAUCGUUGGUCUUUCCCAUUAUUCGAGAUUUCAAAAUUAAGAGUAAUCAAUAAUCAAGAAAAGUGCAAAUUAAAUAUUCAUCUUAAAAAUUAUCGUAGCUUUGGAACUUUCUCUCAAUUAAGAAAAAAGAUUUCAAUUCAUUGUCAAAACGAAUCCAUCUUAUACCAGUUAUACAGCAAAAUCACCUCAUGCUUUAAUAAAUCAAAUCAAUUAGAAAUCGAAGAAAACAAUGAACAAGAUAAUGAAAAUAUGAUUGCUAUGAUUUCCAGAAAAUAA